ACGAGGAGGGUGUGCGUGCGUGUCGUCUGCCCGUCGGUCCGUUGCGCCCUGCUCUCUGCGCGCCCGUUGGUGUUUGUGUCUUGUGUGUGCGUGUGUGUGUGUGUGUGUGCGACACACCCCGCGAGUGCGUCCCCGUGCCCCCCGAGGCCCAUGAGGCCAUGAUCGAGGCGCGAGUCGGCGCGAUGUGGGCGCCCCGGGCCAUGGAUUACUGCCCGCCCGCGCUGGCCCACCACCCGCCAGGGCGCGAGCUCUACCAGCCCAUGCCCCCCUUCUGGCUCGGGCUGCCGCCGGACUACCUGGGAUCGUUGCAGCCUCCCCCCUCCACCUUGGCCAGCUCCGAGUUCCCGUUCUCCAUCGACGGAUCUCGGCUGGCGAGUCCGCGGCCGGGAAGCCUCAGGCAAAGCCGCAAGAGGGCGCUGUCCUCUUCACCCUACUCGGACUCGUUCGACAUCAACUCGAUGAUCCGGUUCUCCCCCAACUCCCUCGUCUCCAUCGCCCAUGGCUCCAGAUCCUCGUCCGCCAGCGGCUCCUACGGCCACCUCUCUGCCGGUGCCAUCAGCCCCGCGCUCUCCAUGCACCCGGGCAUGGCGCCGCACCUGCAGCAGCUGCAGGAGCACCUGCUGCGGGCCAGCUCCGGGCGCUUCCAGCCGCUGCUGCCCCUGCAGGGCCUCCACCCUGGCUCGCCCUUCGGCCUGCCGCCGCACCACCUGGCCGCCCACUUUGCUGCGCACAAGGCUGACAUGCAGCUGCAGCUGGACAAGAAGCUCGAGUCCCCGCCCGUCGCCGGCAGCGUGACUGCCGAGGCGGACACCAGCGCCUCGGGCUCGACGCCCCGCAAGGCGCACCGCAUCAAGAGGGAGUCCGGGUCCGGGGCGAGCGGCGGCGGCGGCGGCGGCGCGUCGGCCCUGGCGCUCACGCAGCACAAGAACCACCCGUCCCCGGGGGGCGCCGAGUGCAACGACGAGCCCGCCGACGACUUCGUCGAGACGGUCUGUCACUGGAAGGAGUGCAACGCCGGAGACUUCCUCAGUCAGGACGAGCUGGUCAAGCACAUAAAUAGUGAUCACAUCCAUGCCAACAAAAAGACAUUUGUGUGCCGGUGGGAAGAAUGCUCAAGAGACGAAAAACCAUUCAAGGCCCAGUACAUGCUAGUAGUUCACAUGAGAAGGCAUACAGGAGAGAAGCCCCACAAGUGCACGUUUGAAGGUUGCUACAAGGCUUACUCACGAUUAGAAAAUCUUAAAACUCAUCUUAGAUCUCAUACCGGUGAAAAGCCCUACAUGUGCGAAUUCCCAGGAUGUAGUAAGGCAUUUAGCAACGCCUCAGAUCGAGCAAAACACCAAAACAGGACACAUUCAAAUGAGAAACCCUACAUCUGCAAGGCGCCUGGCUGCACCAAAAGGUACACGGAUCCCAGCUCGCUCCGGAAGCACGUCAAAACAGUCCACGGCGCCGAGUUCUACGCCAACAAGAAGCACAAGGGCGCGGGCGACAUGGGCGACGACGGGGUGGGUGGCAUGUCGGCCCUCAGCCCCAGCCGGUCCGAGGACUUGCUCAGCGGCAAGACGGCGUCCAUGUCCAGCCCCAGCGUCAAGUCGGAGGAGGCCAACUCCCCCGGGCAGCAAGGCAGCCCCAUGGACCACGGCAUGCAGUGCGCGGGCGACGGCGACUGCAACGUGUCCACGUCCACGGCCAACAACAACCAGGCCAGCAUCAACGCCGCCAACCGAGCCGCGGCCCUGGCGCUCGCCGAGGCGGACGAGUGGGCCGAGGCGGACGAGCUGGACCUGCCGGCGCUCCCCGUCACGCUGCGGCAGGCCGUCGGGCUUGGACCUGGGGGCGACGGCGUGGCCGAGGUGGGCGUCGACCGCAACGCGAGGAACCGCUUCAAGUCGCGGCUGCACGCCAAGGGGCUGGGCUCUCCCCGGCACCACGGCGGCGGCGGCGUCAUCGGCGAGAUCAACCGACGCAUCGGCGACCUCAAGGUGGAGGGCUCCACCACGACCAACACCACCACGACGGGCAACGGCGCGCAGCACAUCAUGGACCUCCACGCGAGGCUGGCGCCGCCGGGCACCACCACCACCGCCCUCCCGGACAACAGGAGGGACUCCAACUCAACCGUCAGCACGUACUACGGCAGCAUGCGUAGCGCGGAUCUGGGCUCGAGUCGGAGAAGUAGUGGGGUGUCCGCCGUGUCCUCCCACCACCCUCGCGUCCUGGCCACACCCGGCUCUCUGUACGACCCCAUCUCCGCCGGAAGUUCGAGGCGUUCGUCGCAGCAGAGUGCCUCGUGCGCGUCGACGGCCACCCCCAGGCACGGGCCCACGCUCGGCCAGGGCCACGGUCAGGCGCACGGCCUAGGACACGGCCAUCCGCACGGCGCACCCGGGCAGCACCAUGAUCUCUACUCCACGUCCAACCUCGUCCUGCAGACGCAGAACAUGUCGCUGCAGCAGACGGCGGCCAUGGCGUGGAGCCCGGUGCCGCACGGGCCGCACGGCGCCCCCGCGCCCGCCUGCGCCCCCCAGCACGGUGCGCACGGGGACGGGCGCCGCAUGUCGGAGCCCUGCCGCGUGGGUCUGGCCGCGCCGGACCUGCACCAGCAGCAGCCCCCCAGGCCGCACAGCACCAUGUGCCUGCCGCUGCCGCUGCCGCUCGGCAUGGCCAAGCAGGAGCUGCACCCCAACCAGGAGGUGGCGCUCGAGGAGGUCGGCGAGGGCGAGAUGCUGGAGAGCAAGCUCGUCAUCCCCGACGAGAUGCUGCAGUACCUCAACCAGGUUGCCGACGUCCCGCACUUCAAGAGCGAGGAGCAGUCGAGCUGCGGCUACAGCGCGCACCCUGCGACCGGUCCCCACCAUCACCAUCACCACCACCACCAGCCCCAGCAGCGGCCCGUGUACGGGCAGGGGAACCCCCAGGGGCACCCCCAGGGCCCUCCGCAGGGCCACCCUCUGACACACCCGCAGGGCCACCACCAACAGGCCGUGGGUUACCCGCGGAGCAUGCCCAGCCCUGGGCCGGCGAUGUGCGGCGUGGGCCAGGGCCAGUGCCAGUGCUCGAGCCACGCGCCCAACGCCAGCAUGGGCAUGCCCAGCCCCCAGCACCCGCAGCCCGUGCCCAGCCCUAUGUCGUGCGCGUCCGUGCCCAGCCCCAUGUCGCACUGCACCGCGCACAGCGCCGCGCACAGCGCCGCGCACUGCCUGCCCAGCCCGCAGCCCGCCGCCCCCAACCAGUGCGGGAGCUACAUCCACCCGCGGAGCCCCGCGCGGCCGCCGCAGCAGGACGGCUACAUGCAGUACCACCACCACCACCAGCACCACCACCCCGCCCCCGCGCCCGCGCGAGUGGGUGCCUGCGCCGGCCCGCAGUUCAUGUCAGAGCAGCCCAUGACCAGCCCCGCCGCGGGCGCCCCGGCGCCGCCCUUCGCGCAGCCCAUGCAGUCCAUGACUGCGCGCAGCAGCAGCGCCAACAGCAACACCUGCUACGCGCCGUGCAACGGCAACACCCAGCCGCACACGCACUCGCCGUGCAGCAGCCAGGUGAUAGCGCCCAGCCCUGCGCCCGUGCACCACCAGCCGCACCACCAGGGCCACCACCAGGGCCACCACCAGCCGCACCACCACGGCGGCUACUACUGCGGCCCGCAGCCCCCGCAGCCGCAGGUGCAGCCGCAGAUGCAGCCGUGCGGCACCGCGGCGUACGGCGGCUACCACGGCCACCAGCACGCUCACGGCGCGCAGGGCUGCAGCGGCUGUGCCCACCAGCAGCCGCAGUACCAUCACCACCAGCAGCAGCCGCCGCCGCAACAGCCGCAGCACGCCUGCGCCAACCCUUGCGCCUGCGCACCCGGCGGACCCUCGGGGGCACCCCACGGCCCGACCCAGGGCCAGACGGAGAUCCAGUGCCAGGACAUCAGCCAGUCCACGCCGCGACAGAAGGCGGCGGCGGCGGCCCACCCCCAA